ACAGUUUUGUCCACGGCGCUUUUCUUCCUAAUCUAAGUACAAAUUUAAAAUCACUGAGAAUAGCACCAUUACGGUAAGCUGGUUUCACAAAAAUAGAGGAUAGUUUUAGCAAUUAAAACAUUCGGAUCCUUCAGGAGUUGAGUGUUUUUUCAGCUUUCCAUUCUUUCCAAGUGCAUGUGCAUUCACUCAGAACUGGAUCCAUGUGUUCAGCAACAUCUUGGGUGAAGAAUGAAAAUAAAUCAGAACAUAUCAUUGGUUGGUUCACUUGUUUCGCUGGUUCCUUACAAGAAGAUUCAUGUACCGAAGUACAAUCAAUUUAUGCAGUCUGCAGAACUGCAGAAAUUGACAGCAUCGGAACCUCUCACUCUUCAAGAUGAGUACGAGAUGCAGGAAUCAUGGGCCGAAGAUGAAGAUAAAUGCACUUUCAUAGUUCUGGACUCUGCAAAACAUAAAGAAUCUCAGGAUGAGGUUGCAUCAAUGAUAGGAGACACAAAUCUGUACAUCAUUGAGAAAGACUUGAAAGAAAAGACAGCAGAGGCUGCUGUGAUGAUUGCUGAUCCCAAUUAUCGAAGUAAAGGAUUCGGCUGGGAAGCAAUGCUCCUAAUGCUAAACUAUGGGAUUGAUGCUCUAGGAAUAAAGAAGUAUAUUGUAAAAAUUUCGACCUCCAAUUCAGUCAGUAUCAGAUUCUUUACAAAAAUGAGGUUUACAGAGGAAUCAAAAAGUGAAGUAUUUCAAGAAGUUACAAUGGUCCGCCCUGUUGAUUUGGACUGGAAACAGUGGCUUCAGAACGAGAUAAAGGAUUACCGAAUAGUGCCUUCUUGACAGAUAAUUUUAUGAACAUGAUGAUUCGGUUCAAAGGAGUUUAUUGUUCCCUCCUUGAUUAAAGAACUGGUGGCUUUUCUAAAGUCACAUCAGACAAAAGUAAAUAGGGGUGUUGUCUGAUAAUUUGGUAGUUGUUCACUUUCUGUGUGCAAAUAACUGCGAUACAGUUUUCUAAUGGUGAUCGAGAAUUGACCGCGGUUUGAUCGCGAGCAACAUCGCCGCUGAGCGCAGAGACUUAAAUUCAUCAAACCAAAAGGAAACAGCUGCUAACUUAGCUGACUACACCGCUAGUUACUUUAACUUACACUUUUGUUCCAAGUAAUACUUCUGAACAAGGUUUUACAAAUGAGGGUUUCAAGCUUACCCGGAAAAAUUCACUGAGGUUAGUCUAAUUCAGAAAUACCACACAUUUUUUUUAAGAAAACGAAAUGCUCUACAACAAAUAUUUUCCUCGUUGUAAGUUUUUUCUUCCACCAAAAGUCAGUCUACACCUAGGAUGCUUUCCUAUAGUGGUGAAAAAUGUUCAUAAACCAACAGAUUAGUUGCAUGUCAAGAAUCUUUGGCAAAAUUCUUGGAUGAAAUAUUUAUUGUGAAAACGUACAAGAAUAAACCCAAUUUUUGGAUUUUU